AUGCUUAUUCUCGUGAUCAAACCAGCUCAAGCAGCCCUCAUCUUAUGCAGGCAACGUCGGGAUAUCGACCGCUUUUUACAAAGUGAUGACAGCUCCAUCUCGCGCAUCAACUACCACCGCCUCUUCAUCCUCGCAAGCCUGAACAUCCUACUCACUCUGCCGCUUACAAUCGCAACGGUUGUCCUUUCACUAUUCGGAGCACAGAUUGGGAAUUCUGCACGCGUAGUGUUUUACUCUGGAUGGACAGUCGCGCAUUCGACUUGGGAACCUCAAAGCUACCCGUACGCGGAUCUGGACGUAGCGACGGUGGCGUAUCAGUACUUCAAGCGAUGGUCGACACCCAGUCUUGCUAUUGUGCAUUUCAGUCUAUUUGGGCUGACAGCAGAGGCUCGCGCGUCCUACGUGCGCGUUAUUCACACUAUCGGUCGUUGA